AUGACUACAGUUGAAAAGAUCAAAGCCAUUGAAGAUGAGAUGGCCAAAACUCAAAAGAACAAGGCAACGUCCUUCCAUUUGGGCCAGCUCAAGGCCAAGUUGGCCAAGUUGAGAAGAGAACUCCUCACAGAUGGCGGCUCUGGUGGCGGUGGUGGCGGAGUUGGUUUUGACGUGGCAAGAACAGGCGUGGCAACCAUUGGCUUUGUUGGUUUUCCCUCGGUUGGGAAGUCGACCUUGUUGUCGAAAUUGACAGGAACACAUUCCGAAGCAGCAGCCUACGAGUUUACGACCUUGACCACUGUUCCAGGCACUAUCAAAUACAAGGGCGCCAAGAUCCAGAUGUUGGACUUGCCAGGUAUCAUAGAAGGCGCCAAAGAUGGUAAAGGCAGGGGUAAACAGGUUAUUGCUGUGGCCCGGUCAGUUAAUCUAUUGUUCUUGGUGCUCGAUGUCAACAAGCCCUUGCAGCACAAGAGAAUCAUUGAGCACGAACUAGAAGGGAUGGGGAUCAGGAUAAACAAGGAGCCUCCCAACAUUGUGCUUACAAAGAAGGAAAGAGGCGGGAUCAACAUUACAAACACAGUUCCGUUGACCCAUCUAGAUAACGACGAAAUUCGAGCCGUGAUGUCGGAAUAUAAGAUCAACAGUGCCAAUAUCGCCUUCAGGUGCGAUGCCACCGUCGACGACUUGAUUGACGCCAUCGAAUACAAGGCCAGGAAGUACAUUCCUGCAAUAUACGUGCUAAACAAGAUCGAUUCAUUCUCGAUCGAAGAGUUGAACUUGUUGACCAAGAUCCCCGACGCCGUGCCCAUAUCUUCAGGCAACGGGUGGAACUUGGACGACUUGUUGGAGGUCAUGUGGUCCAAGCUCAGACUAGUCAGAGUAUACACCAAACCAAAGGGCAAGUUGCCCGAUUUCAAUGAGCCUGUGGUGUUGCGAAGUGAUAGGUGCACAGUGGAGGAUUUCUGCAAUUCGAUCCACAAAUCGUUGGUGGAAGACUUUAGAAACGCGUUGGUCUACGGCACUUCGGUGAAACAUCAGCCCCAAAUUGUUGGAUUGAGCCAUGAAUUGGAAGACGAAGAUGUCAUUACCAUCUUGAAGAAGUAA